AUCAUUGUCCCACAUCUCAACCUCACCAAAUCCUACCCAGUAUCCAACCCAUCGAAAACCCGCGCCAAUUACCGAGAUGACAUUCGAUACCUCCACCCGACCGGAGCACAUACAGGGCAUCCUGUCCAGUCUCGAUCGUUACAACCCAGAGACCGUCACGAUUUUUCAAGACUACGUACAACAGCAGUGUGAGAACAGGACAUACGACAGUCUUGCAAAUUUGGCUCUUCUGAAACUGUGAGUAUUCUAUACCCGAGUUUCAUGCCUUUUCUUUGUUACUGUGAUGAGUAUAUCGUCAACGUUUCCUAUUACCCGAGGGGGAUGAACCCUCUAUAACUGAGUGAAAUUUGUCAUUUCUGAUGUACUGCGGCUUCUCCCUGCCAUCGCGUCUCCUUCUUUCCUCCUUCUUCAUUCUGGGGCGAAAGAAGCUAACGGGGGUACCCUGCAAAAAAAAAAGCUACCAAUUCAACCCCCACCUCACCCGCGACGAGACAAUUACCAACAUCCUCGUUAAGGCCCUCACCGUCUUCCCAUCUGCCGACUUCGGCCUCUGCCUGCACCUCCUUCCAGCUAACGCCCUGACCGAACCGCCGAUCGACCCCUUCGCGGAAGCUGUGCUGAAACUGUUCUCCCUCUCCCGCCUCUUGGAAGCCUGCGAAUACAGGGAUUUCUGGAUGACACUCGAUUCCGACGACUUGUACGCCGAUCUGGUCACCGACUGCGCCGGCUUCGAGGAGCUGAUCAGGCUCCGAAUCGCCAGCACUAUAGCCCAGUCCAAUCGUGAAAUUACUAGGGAGCUAUUGGAGGGCUGGCUGAAUCUUGUCGGGGAUGGGUUUGAUAGCUUUGUUAAGGGGAGCUGCGGGUGGGCGAUUGAGGGGGAUGUGGUAAAGAUUCCGUUGAACAAGGAAAAUGAGGCGAAGACUACGGUCACUAGGGAGAAUGUGAAGUUUGAUCGUGGGUUUCCCCCUUCCUUUUUCUUGUCCACCUACUAGCUGGUGGACUGGGAAUAGUGGCUAAUGCUCGGUGGGAAAAUGUAGAAUUCCAGAGGGUUAUCAAACGUGCGUAUGAGCAGCCGGCUUAGGGUGGCGGCGGGGGUGGGUGCUGAUAUGAAUGCUUGGAGUGGAUUUCUUUUCACUGCUGGUAUCGUCUUGAAACAAGACAGAGGUGUAUCAAAACCGGAUCUGGCUGGGAUACUUGGAGUUUGCGGAGUCAGAAGUCUAUAAAAGUUUUUUUCUCAUCUUUAGAUUUUCCUUUCUUUAAUUCUAGCUUGAUUUUUUCAUCCGUCACUUGUUCUUGCACAUUCUUUCCUCCUCCCUUCUCCCCACCGGCCUCUGGGUUCAUGUUUCAUAUUUGAGAGAAUACCGUGAUGCGUCAGCUUGCGGGGUCGGCAUUGUCCGAAUUCACAACGUGUCACUCG